AUGGGUUUUCUUGGCUGGACCAGGGGAGAAGACUCCUCCUCCCCCACCCCCCCACCCCCCAUCCCCCAGCGACUUCAGACUGGCCUGCAUGUGUGGGGGACCCAGGUCAGAGAACUGAAAGGCUUGGGCCAGGUGAGGGGCGGGGCCCUCCCAGAAAGGCUCCACCCUCGUCCGGCCCUUAGGCGUAGGGCAAGACUUCCCAGAGCUCUGCCUGGGAGGCGGGACAGGAGGCUCAGUACAGAGGGACCCAGACCUGUCGACCUGCUCAACUUGGGCCCGCCGCCACCGCCGCCCAUGGGGAACAGCCACUGCGUCCCUCAGGCCCCUAGGAGGCUCCGGGCGUCCUUCUCCAGAAAGCCUUCGCUGAAGGGAAAUAGAGAGGAUGGUGCAAGGAAGCUGGCUGGCCUGUUUGGCUCCGAGGCCGGUCCUGACCUGGACGCCACUGCUGACAAGAUCUUCUACUACAUCCCUGGGACGGACAUCCGGGGCCUGGAGAGCCAGCGAGAAAACCUAGAGCAGCCGUUCCUGAGUGUGUUCAAGAAGGGGCGGCGGAGGGUGCCUGUGAGGAAUCUGGGCAAGGUUGUACACUAUGCCAAGGUCCAGCUACGAUUCCAGCAUAGCCAGGACAUCAGCAACUGCUAUCUGGAGCUGUUCCCCUCCUACCUCUACUUCCAGGCCCAUGGUUCCAAAGGACUCACCUUCCAGGGGCUGUUACCACUGAUGGAGCUGAGUGUCUGCCCGCUUGAGGGGUCCAGAGAGCAUGCCUUCCAGAUCACAGGCCCGCUGCCUGCUCCCCUUCAUGUGCUCUGCCCCAGCCAGGCUGAGCUGGGCCUCUGGCUGUACCACCUGGAAAAGCAGAUAGCCCUCAUGGGAGGGCUGCAACAUUGCCACUCAGCACCCCCACAGGGCCCCCCUGAGGACGAGCUGCCCUGGACCCUGCAGCGCAGGCUGACCCGGCUACGAAAGUCAUUAGGGCAUCAAAUGGUGGGCAGCGCCGUCUGUGCCUCGAGGGUCAAGCUGCAGCAUCUGCCCUCACAGGAGCAAUGGGACCGGCUCCUGGUCCUGUAUCCAACAUCCCUGGCUAUCUUCUCCGAAGAAGCAGAUGGGCUUUGCUUUAAGGGGGAGCUCCCACUCAGCGCCAUCCGCAUCAACCUGGAGGAGAAGGAGAAGCAGAUCCGUUCUUUCCUGAUCGAAGGCCGCUUCAUCAACACUAUCCGUGUGGUGUGUGCGAGCUACGAGGACUACAGCCAUUGGUUACUGUGUCUGCAGACCAUCUCGCCCAGGGAUGGAGCCGCCCCUCUGGCGGGCCCUGAGAGCUUCGCAGGCCCACGGGUGUCCACACAGGUCAUGGGUGGUGGCCGAGGCUCACUCUCCUCAGAUGGACAAACAAGCUGGGACUCCCCCUCCACCCACACCAGCCCCUCUGUCCCUGAGUCCUCAGUGCCAUCCACCACCCGCUGCCCUGCCCAGGCUGUACCUGACCAGGCCAACCCGGGCUGCACCAGCGUCAGCAGGCAGAGGGCAGAACUGAGAUGGAGCAGCAUCAGCCAGUCACCCAGGAGUAAGGCCCGGGGUGAGGGGCCCAGCCUGGCCACCUCGUUGUACUUGGACCUGACCAAGCUGAGCAGGCAGAGCCUAGAGGACAACCCUGAGGCCCCAGACCACCCUCUGAAGACCCCACACUCCCCACUCUAUGCUGAUCCCUACACACCACCUGCUACCUCCUACCACAAGAUCACAGACGUCCAGGGCCUGGAUGAGUUCCUCAGCGCAAUGCAGAACUCACUUGGACCUGAGUCCUCGAGCCCCUUCCCCUCGGUCCCUGUGUCUGUGCCUGUCUCUGACCCCAGCUCUGGACUCUCCGGUCCCCACUUGCUCUCCAAGAAGGGAGCCCUGCAGCCCAGAGCCUCUCAGCGGCACCGAGGCUCCAUCAAGGGCCGGGGGCCACCACCCCCAGACUCCCCUCAGCAUGUGGUCAUCCCCCCAAGAGCUCUGGCAACAUCUGGGACAAGGCUUCAUCUCCCUCCCACAAGCGGUGGCCCCAAGGAGGACCUGAGGCUGGGGGGGGGCUCAUCCAGUGGAUCUGAUGGCCUCUGGGUGACUGGUUCUCAGGACCACCUGCCAGCACAGACCCUGGAGUGGGGGUUUGCAGCAGAGCCUGGGUCUUUCUUUGUGGGGCCACAGGCCGACCGGCAUCCAAUACUUGAACCCCAUCCAGUGCUGAGUCAGUGUCUGAUCCCAGCAGGGUGAAGGGUUCUCCAGAACUCUGAGUUUCCCUGGGCUCUGGAAGGGCCAGGAGGAGAGCCUGAUACUGAAGAUGGCCUGACAACAUGGCUACACCCCAGAUCAAAGCAGGCCUCAUAGAGGGGCUAAAUUUCAUCCUUUCCUCCAGGGAAGGAAUGAGGGAGGCCACUCAAUGCAGGCUUUACCUGGCGGUGGGAGAACGGUGCAGGUGGGAAGGUCAGAGGACUGAGAAAGUCAGGUUAGUGAGGGUCAGAGCACGUGAGAUCAGAGAGCACGAGGAUAGGGAAGUCAGCAAAGUCUGAGACGUCACAAGCAGAAAUAGAAGGGUAUUCUGGGCAAAUGUCAGUAGGCUGUAGCUGGUCAGGAGAAACUGACAAGAGACUAAACAAGAAAGAAAGAGAAGAUUUUAUUUGUGCUGUGUGUCCAUGCAUUUUCCACUCAGCAUCCUGGGGAC